AUGGAAGGACUUUGUGUUCUUCUUAGAAGGUUAUCUUAUCCCUGCAGACUCAGUGAUAUUAUUCCACGAUUCGGCAGACCAGUACCAGUCCUUAGUAUGGUCAGCAAUCAAGUACUUGACUAUAUAUAUGACAUUCACGGCCACAGAAUCACUCAGUGGAAUCACCAAAUUCUCUUUCAGCCCUUGCUGCAACUGUAUAGCGACACUAUUGCUGCCCAGGGUUCUGCCCUAGACAACUGUUUUGGCUUUGUUGAUGGGACUGUUCGUCCAAUUUGCAAACCUGGAGAACAUCAAAGAGUGGUAUAUAACGGGCACAAAAGAGUACAUACUCUGAAAUUUCAGUGUGUUGCCCUUCCCAAUGGUCUGAUAGGUCAUUUAUAUGGACCAGUAGGUAUGAAACUGUUACCUUUGAUUUCUUCUGCUUUGAUGAUUAGUUUUAAUUUUUUUUUCUAAUUUUCAGAAGGAAGAAGACACGAUGCAGGCAUGCUUGCAGAUUCAAGACUCCUUAAUGACCUCCAAGCUUUUGCAAACUCCCCUUUUGGAAAUCCAUACUUCAUUUAUGGUGAUCCGGCAUACCCUUUAAGGAUACACCUUCACGCCCCUUUUAGGAAUAGAGUCUUAACCCCUCAAAUGAUGGAUUUCAAUCAAUCGAUGAGUAGUGUCAGAGAAUCAGUAGAAUGGCUAUUUAAUGAUGUUACAAACUACUUUUAG